CGGUGGCAGCUCAUUGUAUCACUCGAGAAUACCGAGCAAGCAAAACACUCAAGCCGAGCCCAAGACGACAUGAGUGCUGACAAAGUGACAGGAGGUGGCAAACUAAAAAACUUGGAGUGUCUCUUCACAUGGGAAGUGGACAAAGAUGACAUAAACGACUUGAAGGCUGUCCCAGAGAAACUCCUGGACCGCAUCAAGUUCUGUCCUCGCAAGUACCACGCCACUUACUUCAACAUCCUGGCCUUUGUGAGUCACCUGCAGGGGAAGGCCGACACCGCCCUUGAAUACCUGGGCAAGUCCAAAGCCUUGCUGAAGGAGGACAAGCGAGAUAAGGCGGACUUCCUGGUCACCUACUCCAGCUUCGCCUGGCUGCACCAUCACCUGGGCAACCUGGAUGCCAUGGAGACUUACCUAGGCAAGGUGAAGAGCACAUGUGAGGGCCGAGAGAUCGCCGUGGAAGCAGAGAAAGGGUGGAGCUUCUUAAGGUUGGGGGCUAAGUUCUAUCCAAGGGCCAAGGAGAGCUUCCAGAAGGCUCUGGAAGCCGAGCCUGACAGUGUGUCCUACAACGUGGGCUAUGCUGUAGUCCUUUACCGAUUGGAGGAGCUCGUCAGGAAGGAUGCUAAGGUCAAGCCCAAAGACAGACUUGCAGCCAAACAGUUACAGAGAGCCUUGGACCUCGACCCCACCAACGCUGAGGUGAUGGUCCUCCUAGCCCUGAAACUCCAACACUUAAAUCCUUCGAAAUCCAGAGAGCUGAUCCAAAAGGCCCUCACUAAGUGUCCAGACACGCCCCAGAUAACUAGGUACAUUGCCACAUACUUCGGGAGAGAAGGUUCCACUGAGGAAUCCUUAGAAAUCCUCGAGGAGGCCGCCAAGAGAGCCCCCAACUCCUCCUUCCUCUACAACCAAAUCGGUCUGUGCCACUGGCAAAAGAUGAUCGAUAUGAAGUCCGACGGGUCGAGUGCUGGCGGCGCAGAGGUUAAGGCAGCCGCUGCCGAAAGCAUCCGAUUCUUCCGCAAGACCGUGGAGCUGAAGCCGUCAAACACACCUGCCUGGGUGCAUCUGGCGGAAGCCUAUAAAGAAAGCCGACAGCUGGAGAGGGCCGAGCCCAUUUUCACCAGGCUGCUUUCAGAUGAGUCCCUGACCGAUGCAGAGCGACAGCACUGCCACACUAAGUAUGGCAAUUUUCUGAUGUACCUGAGGAAGAACCACGCCAAGGCCAUAGAGCAGUUCAAGAAGGCGUACAAGAUCAGGAUCGACUGCGGAGACAGGAGUCUGGCUCGGGGGAAACUUAUGAUGUUAGCGGGUCAAAAGUCUAAAAUAAGAGCCAAGGAGGGAGAUGACAUCUUGGCUUUUCUGUCUGCAGUAGACAAGCAGGACAGACAGCCAGCUCCAGCUCCAGCUCCAGCAGCGGCAGCACAUCUUUGUGCUGACAAAAUGACAGGAGGCGGCGAACUAAAAUCCUUAGAAAUGCUCGAGGAGGCCGCCAAGAGAUAUCCCGACUCCUCCUCCCUCUACAACCAAAUCGGUCUGUGCCACUGGCAAAAGAUGAUCGAUAUGAAGUCCGGCGGGUUGAGUGCUGGAGGUGCAGAGGUUAAGGCAGCCACCGCCGAAAGCAUCCGUUUCUUCCACAAGUCAGUGAAGCUGAAGCCGUCAAACACACCUGCCUGGAUGCAUCUGGCGGAAGCCUAUAUAGAAAGCGGACAGCUGGGCAGGGCCGAGCCCAUUUUUACCAGGCUGCUUUCAGAUGAGUCCCUGACCGAUGCUGAUCAACAGCACUGCCACACUAAGUAUGGGAUUUUUCUGAUGUACCAGAGGAAGAACAACGCCAAGGCCAUAGAGCAGUUAAAGAAGGCGUACAAGAUCAGGAACGACUGCGGAUACAGGAGUCAGGCUCGGGCAAAACUUAUGAAGUUAGCGGGUCAAAAGUCUAAAAUAAGAGCCAAGGAGGGAGAUGACAUCUUGGCUUUUCUGUCUGCAGUAGACAAGCAGUAGACAACCAGCUCCAGCAGCAGCAGCAAAUGUCAGUGGGCCUACUGACAGCUUCCAAACAAACUAUAUAAAAUAAAAAUACAUGCA